AAUAUGAGAUAACCUAAACCCGAAGCUUGGAAAGCCUUAGUGGCUAUGGGUUAUUUUUUCAUGGUCACAUGGAUUACAGCUUUUGUUAUGGUUAUUGUCCAUGACCGAGUUCCUGAUAUGCAAACCUACCCUCCAUUACCUGAUAUUUUUCUUGACAAUGUACCUCUCAUACCGUGGGCUUUCCAAAUGUGUGAGCUAUGUGGUGUAGCAUUGUUCCUUAUCUGGUCUUUUAUACUCAUAUUUCACAAACAUAGAUUUAUUCUGCUUCGACGGAUGUUCUCACUUUUUGGAUCAGUAUUUCUAUUGCGAUGUGUGACCAUGCUUAUAACCUCUCUAUCCGUCCCAGGUCGACAUCUUAAAUGCACUGCUCGUCCUUAUGGAAGUUGGAUCGAAAGGUUACACCAAGCUUAUUUGAUUUGGGCUGGGGGAAUGUCCAUUAAAGGAGUUCGAACUUGCGGAGAUUACAUGUUCAGUGGUCACACCGUUACUUUGACGUUGCUCAAUUUUUUCAUCACUGAAUAUACUCCUUCACGAAUGUAUUAUAUUCAUACAUUGUCCUGGGUUUUGAAUCUUUUUGGGGUAUUUUUCAUUCUUGCUGCCCACGAACAUUACUCCAUUGAUGUAUUCAUCGCUUUUUAUAUAUCAACUCGACUUUUUCUUUAUUACCACACUCUUGCCAAUAAUCGAGCAUUAUACCAAAGAGAUCGAAAGCGAACACGGAUUUGGUUUCCACUUUUCUAUUUCUUUGAAUCAGGUGUCAAUGGAAUUGUACCUAACCACUUCGAACAACCAUUCAGAUUGGAUUCCAUCAAAAAUUGGGUUCAAAAAAUGAGAAAAUCAAAAGAAUCUUGAAUUUGACUGAAAAUACCAAAAAACGAUUAACUACAAUCAAAUUCAGCAUUUUUACUAAUUUAUGAUAACUCUAGUUUCAAAGUUUUUUAAUGUUAAUAUAAGUCAAUUAUAAUAUGCAAAGUUGAGAUCAGUCAUGAUCAUAUUUUCCCUCUUUUUCUUGGAUUAACAGCACAGUUGAUGAUAAUAAUAAUGAAUCCAAUCUUGAGCAUAAUCAAUUUAAAGCACUUGGUGCAUCAUCAAUAUAAUAGUAGCAUAAGCGAAUGAGAAGAAGGUAUGACAAAUGUAGAUAGUCCAAAGAUACGAUGAAUAGCCGAGACCAAAUUCAGUUUCUUUUAUACACAAGCCAAUCAUGAUUCCAAUCUCAAGCAACAUGAACAUUCCAAAUCCGAAAGGAAUAAAAAAAUUUUCAAUGGUUCGCCCAAAGAUCGCCAUAAAUAAUACUCCAAGGCAGGCAGCCAUAUAAACAUAUAAAGGUAUUUUCAUCUUGUGUUUAACCCAACUAACGUAGUUUGAGCUUAUUGUCACAUCACUAGGAAGGACAAUCAAUGGAACAGCUGGUAUAAUUUCAGAAAUCGAGGAAGAAUUGAUAAAGCCAAUUGUAUAUGGUGUGGUUACUGAGGAGGUUUCAUUGGCUGAAUGGGUCUCAUUGGUUCCAGAAGCGUCGGUUAUUGAAUCAGUUUUAAGUUGAUUAAUAUCACAGAGAGUGAUAACACCUGAAGCUACAACGAAAACAACAAAAGCAUAUUUCAGCGUUAAAAAUGUAAGGCUUCGUCGCUGUAAUUGGGAAUGUUUAUUGUAACCAUGAUUCUUCUUGAUUAAUGGACGUCGUUGAGGUUGACCAAUUAUUGGUGAAAAAGUUAACAGCUCAGUCUCUUGAUACACUUGAGGAUUCAUCUUGUUAAUUGGUCGGAUACGAUCACAGCUAAUAUCAAAGGAUCCCAUCUGAGUGGAUCAAAAUUAGUCCGGAUAGCAGCUAUCUGUACACUGGUGACUAAAAUUGAUUCCGAUUAAAAGCAAUUUGAAAUAAUUUGUUCGGACGGAUGAGUUGAAGUUCAAUCCAUAACUGGACAGACCAGUAGAGUAUCAUAUCGGCUAAUCCUGUCUACCUCUUGU